GCAGCCCCGCGCGGGCGCCGCCGGCCCUUCUGCACCUUCUGCACCAGCAGCUGGAAGAGGCGCCGCCGCCGCCGGCCCCGCUCGCGCGCCCGCACCUGCCCGCCGCCGGCCCCUGGCAGAGCCGCCCGCCCCGCGCUGCCAACGCCUGCCUCGGGCGAGCCGCUGAAGGCGCCCCCGCCGCGCGCACGGCGCCCCCGGGAGGCGUCUCGCCUGCAUGCGCGCCCAGCGCCCGCCGGACCGCAAGCCCCGCGGGGAUGUUGCAAGCCGCAGUGCCCGACCCGCCGCGACGGGCGGCAGCCGCAGGAGCCGGGCGGGCGGCAGCGGGGGAAGUUAUGAAUGACUGGAAGUCAGGAAGCAAAAUCUCCAGGCUGACAGCGAGAAGCUAAGGGCAAAGGAAGAAGGGGAGGGGGUGGAUUUCUUAUUCACCAAAACUGUCCUGCUUUAAAAGAAAGUUUAAAAAUCCAAAGAAAAUAAAAGGGAAUACAAGGCCAGCUUAUGUUUGAGAGUAAACGACGGAUUGCAUUUUUUUUUAGAAAAAAGGGAAAGUUGGCUUGUGUCCUCCGAGCAAGAGAAGAGAAGGAGGAUCGCUCCGCUCAAGAAUUAUUUAUUGAACUCAAGCAUUUUCUUUUAUAUAAAACUUUCCUCCCCACCUCCAAAAUAUUUGAGAGACUUUUCCAACUGUCCCGACGAGGAGAGAGUUGGAUACAAACGAGCCGCCUACAAAGCGCAGCGGAAUUUGUGGCCCUCGUGCAGCUGGUAUUCAAGUUAAAUUAACACGGCUCAAAACUUUCUCCACGAUGCAUUUUCUAUCCUAUGGAUAUCAGUUUGGAGACACCAGAUGAGGAGGGCCUGAGUUUGCUCGUGUGCCGUGCCAGGUCCAUGCCUGGCCUCCCCCAGGACUGCUGGAGUGUGUUGGGAAUUGUACUGGUGCUGUGGGCCAUGGGCUGCAUUCAGAGCAUUAGCUGCAAAUCCAAAGGCAUCCGGGAAAGCAUUUCCGUCGUCGAAGUCAAAGCCUCCAUCGACCCCGUCCCUACCAACAUCGACGAGUCAUCCAGCGUGGUUCUGAGGUACCGGACUCCGCACUUCCGGGCCUCUGCUCAGGUGCUGAUGCCGCCGAUCCUCAAGAAAGAGACCUGGAUCGUGGGCUGGAUCCAGGCUUGUAGCCACAUGGAGUUUUACAAUCACUAUGGGGAUUAUGGAAUGUCCAGCUGGGAAUUGCCGGAUCUCCUCGAAGGCAAGAUCCAGGCGAUUAGCGACUCCGAUGGUGUAAACUACCCGUGGUACGGAAACACCACGGAAACCUGCACCAUUAUAGGCCCCACAAAAAAGGAAGCCAAGUUCAACGUCAGCAUGAACGACAAUUUCUACCCCAGCGUCACGUGGGCGGUGCCAGUGAGCGAGAGCAACGUGGCCAAGCUCAACCACAUUCACCGGGAUCAGAGCUUCACCACUUGGCUGGUCGCCACUAACACGACCACCAACGAGAUGGUGACCUUGCAGACAAUCAAGUGGCGGAUGAAACUCGGCAUCGAAGUGACCCCCAGCAAACCUCUGGGGCAGCGUGCCAAACUGCGGGAGCCGUCUGCUCAGGAGCAGCCACAAAUCCUAAACAAGAAUGAGCCAAUACCAGCGAGUGCCCUGGUGAAGCCCAAUGCCAACGACGCCCAGGUACUUAUGUGGAGGCCCAAAGAUGGGCCCCCUCUAGUGGUGAUACCUCCAAAGUAUCGGUAAUGAGAACUUCGUGUCCCAGUGGCACAGAAGGGCAGGGAGGGGGGGACCGAGGAGGAGAAAAACCACUUAACAUUUAAGAAAAUAUAUAUUUAAACAAAAACAGAGAUGCACUUUUUAUUCAUUUGACAAAGAGAAAAAAUGCAACCAUUCUACCUUCUCCCAUCAGAACGGAUCUCACUGUGCUACAGAACUCGAAAGGAAGGACUCCCCUCCGAUUGUAAUGGGGGGUGGGGUGGGGGUCAUCCGACAUCAUCAGAUUUCUGUGGGUGGGAACACACAAGGCACUUAUUCACAGCUCUGUCAAAGUUUCUUUUUCUUCCUUUGGUGGCUGUUUGAUGUUUAAUCUCAUUUAACUUAGCUGGGAUCAUGUGUGAGAGAGAGAGUGAGAAAACAAACUGCUUUAUGUGGGAAAUUUUAUUUGAGUUAGAAACAGGAGGGGGAAAAACAAUUUUAUUGGUUGGGGAGGGGAUGAGAAGUUCCUGGAAUAGCAAUGUUGGUUAUUCUUUGUUAUGAUGGUGGGUUUAUUUCUUUUUUAAAAAUUGGUGGAAAAUGUUCCCAGUUGCAUUCCCAAGUCAUGCGGCCUUAUGUAGAUUUUGCAUUGCAUUGCCAAACUUUUGCCUUAAGCUGCAUUUAAAUGGAAGAGAGAGAGAAAAUAGCAAGUAAACAAGAUUCUUCUCCUUACUGGAUCUUGAAGAGUCGGGUGCUUUGGUUUGAACUCAAGGGAUUCUCACACUUUAUCACAGCCAGCUUUCCUAAGAAAGGUUUGCUAGCUUUUCUCCCUGGUGUUAACUGCACAACAAGCUAAAACUCCACUGGUACAGCUUGUCUUAACAUGGAGAUGCAGUGACUGAGGAAGCUGCACCUGCUGAAUUUCUGCCUGUCUGCAGCUGCUGAAGACAUAAACAGUCUGCCUGGGGAAAAAUGGUACUCUUAAAUUAUGGAGCCUCCCCAAGUUAUCAGGAUUGGGGGGACCAGUUUGUUUUCAUCCUAUUAAUGGGCGCCUGCUUUCCUUCUAAUAAGAAUCUUUAUUUCUGGUAGAAAAGAGACAGUGGCAGUUCUCUGCCCAACAGUUUUAACUCAUGGCUGCUAGACUGAAAAUCGUGGGCAGUUCAUGGUUGCCGGACAGACAUAGGGUGCCCCACCUAGUCAGGAAGUGAUCAGAAUGGAGAUUUCACUCAACAGACCUAUUCAUUGGGAGGCCUUCUUGUCACUUUUGAGAAACUAAAAAAAAUUAGGAUUAGAAGGAUCAGUUUGAAAGCAGGGGUGAUGACAAGCAAAAUAUGUUUUUAAAGGAGGGUUUUAAAAAAAAAAUAUGAAGGCACUAGAAUAAACCUUCAUAGCACAUAGAUUUCUUUCUUACAUUCACCAAAACACAACAUUUGUCUUUCUUUAAAAAAAUGGGGCAGUAAAUAAUACCAGUCUGAAUCAUUUGGAAUUGGGACAUUUUAGGGUGCCUUCUUCAAAUGGGAAGACUCAGAAUGCUCAUUGAAAUGGGAAAAUAUAUUAGUUCUCUAGUAGCAGUUUACCACUGAUUUAUUGCUGGAACAACUGCUCCUGAGCAGAGGUUCAUGCUGCUAAAGGGUUUGCACUUGACUGGGGUAAUUUGGUGUUAAAUUACCACUAAAGCCAAGCUACAAGCGACGAAUGACACUUGAACGGCAAAUGAACAGACUCACCUGUAUUCCUCCCUGUUCACUUGAGCUCCACUUGUGCUCCACUUGAUUACGUAGGGCCAAGCUACACAUGACGAAUGACACUUGAAUGGCAAGUGUAUUUCUCCCUGUUCACUUGCCCUCCAUUCAAUCCACUUGCCGUUCAAGUGUCAUUCGUCAUGUGUAGCUUGGCCCGUAGAUCACACAAGUGGAGCGCAA